AUGGCUCCCGAGACUCGAGCUAUGGCUAGCCGGAAGCGUGGCCAUGCAGCUUCGCCGGAACCACAGCAUCGUUCAACUUCAUGGGGCUCAUAUGACGCAGGUGCUGUAACGCGUCAAGAUGACAGCCAGACAAAUGGCUCGCCUCAGACGCCUAAGCCUCGACAGAAGCGUACGCGUUAUUCUGAACCUGGUCCUACAACUACAGGACUGACACCAGCCAUGGGACUCGCGGGCCUUAGUGGACCUUCUUCGCGGUCUGUUCGUCGACAGUCGGCCCCAGUCUUCCUCUCGGAUACACUGAUGGAUCCAGUAAUUGUGCGGAAUGAGCCCAUCAAUGUCCAGUUCAGCCCCUUGAAACAGGCCCUGGAUCCUAGGACUCGCCGUCGACUCGUGCGAUCUGGUCUUAGCGAGGAAAUGCAUCGGAUUGAGGGCGAGAAGAAGGAUCUCAAGAAAGCGACGGCUGAGAUCGAAUCUCUUCAGAAAAAGUUGGAGGUCUACGAAUCCCAACAGGCAUCAGGGGCACACAACAACACUAAUAUCGACGACAAUUACGAGACUUUGCCCGUCGGCGACUUUGCGAUGGAUGGUACUAUGCUCAUGUCGGACUCUCCGACAUUCUACCGCUUUCAUGAUGCUCGUGGUUUUAGCACCGGUAACUCAAUGAGCCCAGAGGAUACGUCUCCGAUUACUCCCCACACGGGAUUCACCCAACAAGUUUCCAUCGUAAAUGAUCAGUCCUCGGAGGAACUGCGCCUGAUGGCAGAAGACCUAGCCGCUGCGCGGAAGGAGAAGCAAGAUCUCUUCAACGAGUGGCGUAAGCUGAACGCAGACCCUGCUGCUGAGGCCGAAGCAGAAGACACUGCUCCUCCAGCUGACUUCAUGAAGCAAAUUGUACCUCAACUGGAGUGCGCUCUUGCAGCAGCGGCUAAUGUUUCUAUUAUUCUCGAUACGACUAAAGAAGAAUUUGAUCAGCUGGGAUUCUCAGGUGCCACCCUCUACGAUAGACUCGCCGAUAUGCGUGAGAGCUUCAAAUUAGCAUGGAAGGAGCUCGAGCGUUGUCCUCCCAAGGACGGACUGCCCUCCCAAUCCAAUGGCAAAGAAAUCCUGACAGCCUUAAAGGAACAUCUUCAGCAAAUUUCAAUCUCUCUAAUGAACGAGUACCAACGUUUCAAGGACUUAUCCAACCGCUACAAGGGCAUGCGGGAAGAAUAUUACCACAUCUCUGAGCUUCUCGCCGAUGAGGAGGAUAAAGUCAAGAAGUUGGAGGAAAGCCGAGCGUUAGAUGCUAACGAUAUGAUUCAUGUUCGAUCGCGCUUGCAAGCACUUGAGGAGGAACUUGAGGAGAAGGAAACUGCAAUCGCGCGAUUCAGUCAAAACCUCAAUCUUGUAGAAGAAGAACGCGACCGCUACCAGAAUAUUUGCGCACAGGUGGAGGAAGAGCAUCGGACAUCGGAGCAGCGCAUCGCCGAAUUGAACGAGGCGGCGACCAAAAUCACGAACAUUGCGGACGAUCGAGCGAAGAAGCUGGAGGAGUUCAAAAAAUUGCUGGUUGAUAAACAAGAGGAAGUCACGAACCUUUCCAAGAAGGUUGAUCAACUUAUUCAAGAGAAUUCAAAACUGCUUGACCGUUACACCAAGCGCGAGCAGGAAAUUGGGCGUCUCAAUACCCUUUACGCAGGGGUUUCGACGGAGCUUCAGUCCMCCCAAGCCGAUCUUCAACAGACUCGACUACUCAACGACAUGUUGGAGACACAGAACGAAUCGCAUAUUAACGCCCGCAACCGUAUCGAGAACUUUCUUAAUACCGCAAUGACGGAAGUUUCAAAGACCUUCGAUGUCGAGCGUGAGCGCGACCGACAGAAUGCGGUUACGAAGGCUAUUCUCACGGGUAAUGGCGCCCGCCACAUGCAGGCCGAGCCCGAACCUAGCCUUCCCUCGAACUCGCCGAUUAAGGCCACUCUAUUCGGUUCAAAUGUGCGCGUGGGCCGUGGCUCUGAUCGUAGCACUUUGUCUAGCGGGCUUGGACUUGAUAGCGGCAUUGGGGGCUCUGAGACUGCGCAAUCACAGACCGUCGCACCUGGAUCCGAUGCUUUCUUGAAUGCCAUUGACGAAGAAGAGGACGAGAACAUCGAGUAA